AUGCUUGGGUCAAAAAUCGAUCAUCUGGCGGCUGAGACCGCUGACAAGGUCACAUACGACGAGCAGGGCAAGAAGGUCGAGACCCACACCACUGUCGUCGACCCCUUCGAGGCUCUCCGGCUCGAGGAGGAGAACCACCAGAUCAAGUUCAGGACGCUAUCAUGGCAAAAGACGACACUGCUCCUCUUCGGCGAGUAUGUUUGUUUGGCUAUCCUCGCCUUGGCUUGGAGCUGGAGUGUGCUCGGAUGGGUCUGCGGCUUCUUCAUCACCUUUGGGCUCGGCGCCAUCACCUGGUACACCAGCUACAUCCUCUGGCAAUUCUGCAUGAAACAUCCGGAAGUCCGAGACAUCUGCGACAUCGCUGCUCUGCUUUUCCCAUGGUGCCCUCGGAUAGCCUUCGAGGCUACGGCCGUCAUGCUUCUCCUGAACAACAUCUUCCUGAUCGGUUUCCACGUCUUCACCGGCGCCAAGAUCCUCAACACCCUCUCCGACUCGUCGAUCUGCACCGUCGCCUUCCAGGCAAUCUCUGCGAUCAUCGGUAUCCUCGUCUCACUCCCACGCACUCUCAACCACAUUUCUACCAUGUCGGUGGUUUCGGCGAUCUGCAUGGGCAUCGCCAUCAUCCUGAGCUUGGUCUACGCCGGUAUCGAGGCCAACCCGCUUUACGGCUACGGCGGCAACUACCCCACUCUCGGACCCGUCAAGACCUCAGUCGGACUACCCAACGGUGGACCUGGCUUUGUUGAUGGUCUUAACGCUGUCCUCAACAUCACCUUCUUGUGGAUUGGCCAGAUCCUUUACCCCUCAUUCAUCGCCGAGAUGAAGGAGCCCAAGGACUUCCCCAAGGCGCUUGCCGCCCUCACCGGUCUCCAGCUCAUCCUCUUCACCGUCACCGCUGCGGUCGGAUACUACUACAUGGGCCAGUACUCCACCGCACCGUCCAUCGGAUCGCUCCUUGAGCCAUGGGCGCGCAAGUCGGCCUUUGCGUUCGUUCUCGUUCCUACCGUUGUCAUUGGCGCCAUCUACUCGAACGUUGCUAGCAAGUUCCUCUUCAGGCGGAUACUCGGCAACAACUCGAAACACGCGCAUAGCCACAGCUUGGUCGGCUGGAGCGUAUGGACCGGGAUCGUCGUGUUCAUCUGGGUCCUGGCUUUCGUCCUUGGAAACGUCAUUCCAAGUAUGGGCGACUUCCUGGGCAUUAUGUCCGCUGCGUUCGACUCGUUCUACGGCUUCAUCUACUGGUCGGUCGCCUACUACCACCUCAACAAGGGGCGCCUCUUCGCCGGCCCCAAGAUGAUCACCUUUACCAUGAUCAACAUCCUCAUCUUCGUCCUCGGCCUCUUCAUGCUCGGCCCCGGAUUAUAUACCAGUGUACAGGCGAUUGUCUUGGCUUAUUCCGGCUCCGUCCGGACAGCCUUCACUUGCGCUUCAAACGCUUUGUAA